AAGGGCACCUUGCUCCGCACUGACGCAAACCCAAUCUUUCCCACGGAGGUAUACAAAGCUUUGCUCUAAGCGCAGCUAAAUCCAGUCUCUCUCUCGGUCCCUUCUUCAUUACCGCUGAUUUUCAGCCUUUCAGCACAUCCUCCGCCUCCACACUAAUGGAUUUAUCCGACAUGUCCAAGCAGCCGGUUAACGCUCCUACCGGUUUCCACCCGUCGCAGCAGCCGGAGGCAGCAGUGGGAGUUACCGCAAAUAAACCGGAAAAUGUUCCAAGCCAACCGGCCACUCCGUUCGGGCACCCGGCUCCCCAGCCGAAUCCAAACAACGAGAGCAAAACUUUUUGUCCCUCGGAAAAUAAACCAGGAGAACCGGAAGCCAAUAAAGUUUAUGGGACGUUUAAAAACACCGCCCCGGCGGUACCGGGAGCCGUGGCUGCAAACUCGGCCUUCCGAAAGGAUUCCUCUGGCUCUGCGGCGGCCCAGACAGGGGUCCCCAGUGCCGUUCAGGGCCGGGGGAUGUCUGUCCAGUACGGAGACCCGUUUAGGGCCACCGCGGAGCAGAACAACGCCUCGGGCACCUGGACGAGCAUGAGCCAAACCACCAUCAUACUGGGCACAGAUGGCAACACCUCUGUUCAGCCCGGGACCAUGACGGCGGAUGAAGAUGAUGAAGAGGGGGGAGACGAGAACAAAGCCAGAGGAAACUGGACCAAUAAAAUGGACUUCAUCCUGUCCAUGGUGGGCUACGCCGUGGGGCUUGGCAACGUGUGGCGGUUUCCCUAUCUGGCCUUUCAAAAUGGUGGAGGUGCUUUUCUGAUACCUUACCUGAUAAUGUUGGGACUGGCGGGCAUCCCAAUAUUUUUACUGGAGGUGUCCCUGGGCCAGUUUGCCAGCCAGGGCCCCGUGUCCGUGUGGAAGGCCAUUCCGGCCCUUCAAGGUUGCGGGAUUGCCAUGUUGAUAAUAUCUGUCUUGAUAGCCAUAUACUAUAAUAUUAUAAUGUGCUGGACACUGUACUACCUGUUCGCUUCGUUGAAGGGCUCACUGCCAUGGGCCCACUGCAGGAAUGGGUGGAACACACUGGACUGUAAGGAUAAAGACAUGCUCCUCUUGGACACGUGUAUCCUCCGGGACAGAAACAUGACAUCUAUAAAGAACAGCUCAUUCUGUCUGUCUGCCAACGUCAUGGGGAACCUCACCAGGAUGGCAAACAUGACGACCGACCUGAAUAAAACUUACGUCAGCCCCAGUGAGGAGUACUUCAAGUACAACGUGUUGCACAUCUCUAAGGGGAUCGAGUACCCUGGAGACAUCCGCUGGCCCCUGGCUGGCUGCCUCUGUCUUGCCUGGAUCAUAGUCUACCUCUCCCUGGCCAAAGGAAUCAAGUCAUCAGGGAAAGUUGUGUAUUUCACCGCUACGUUCCCCUACGUGGUGCUGGUCAUCCUGCUGUUUCGGGGCAUCACCCUCCCAGGGGCUGGGGAUGGAAUCCUGUACUUCAUCACCCCCAAGUGGGAGAAGCUCAAUGAUGCUAAGGUGUGGAAGGAUGCUGCCACACAGAUCUUCUUCUCUCUGUCUGCGGCCUGGGGGGGCCUCAUCACUCUGUCCUCCUACAACAAGUUCCACAACAACUGCUACAGAGACACCAUCAUAGUGACAUGCACUAACAGUGCCACCAGCAUCUUUGCUGGUUUCGUCAUCUUCUCAGUGAUCGGCUUCAUGGCCCACGAGCUCAAGGUUCCCAUCGAGAAGGUUGCAGAUGAAGGUCCGGGCAUAGCAUUCGUGGUGUAUCCGGAGGCGCUGACCAGACUCCCUCUCUCUCCGUUCUGGGCGAUCAUCUUCUUCCUCAUGCUGCUGACACUGGGCCUGGAUACCAUGGUAACCAUCACCCCGUGUGUGUAAAUAGUGAAUGAUGAUUUUCCUAAGUACCUGAGGAAGCACAAACCUGUGUUCACCCUGAUCUGCUGCGCCAUUUUCUUCUUCCUGGGAUUCCCCAUGAUCACAGAGAGUGGGAUGUACAUGCUCCAGCUGGUGGACACGUAUGCAGCCUCCUACUCCCUCGUCAUCAUCGCCAUCUUCGAGCUCCUGGGUAUCUCCUACCUGUAUGGCCUCCAGAGGUUCUGUGAGGAUAUAGAGAUGAUGAUCGGCUUCCAGCCCAGCCGCUUCUGGAGGGUCUGCUGGGCAUUUGUGACUCCAACCAUCCUGACCGGCAUCCUGGGUCUGAGUCUGUACCAGUGGCAGGUGAUGACAUAUGAGCAGUACACUUACCCCACCUGGUCCAUGGUGAUGGGCUGGCUCAUGGUCACCUGCUCCAUCAUUUGGAUCCCCAUCAUGUUCCUCAUCAAGAUGUACCUGGCUCAGGGGAGCUUCAUGGAGCGUCUCAGGCUGGUGUGUUCCCCCCAGCCAGACUGGGGCCCGUUCCUGAUGAAGCAUCGUGGGGAAAGAUACAGGAACAUGAUGGACCCUCUGGGCACCAACUCUCUUGGCCUCAAACUGCCCCCCAAGGACUUCCAGCUGGGCUCCUCCUACCAGUAGGACCCCCAGCAGGGUGGGGGCACUGGGGGGGACAAGGUGGGGGGGCAUAGACUGGGGGGGAGACAAGGUGGGGGCC